CAAGGUUUUUACAGUCAACAAUCAAAUCUUUCCUUUUUUUAAUUUAACAUCUCGAUUAUUUUAUAACCACAGAUUGAUUUAACUAAUUUUAUUAUGUGAGUAUAAUUUCAUGGACGAUUUGUGUGGCUUUUCCUUUCAUUUCAUUGUCUCUUCAUUGCCAUUAGCUUUUUCACUGAUUCUUCAAGAGUAAACAAAGUAAUCACUUUAUUGGUGGAAACCUUCAUUCAACAGUCCGACGCAAGAGAGAUUAUUGGAAAACAGGAGGAAAUUUUGACAAUAAUAUCUCAUGCAUUAUCCUUCAUUUCUUAUCUACAUGUUUUUGUUUUAAUUACUGUCGUUCACAUUUAAAUAACCACUAGUUUUUUAACAAGUGUUUACACUGAAAUCUAUCUGAGUAUCUAUUGCUGACUAUGUGAUUACCCUUUACAUCUUCAAUCAUUUUCAUCCUACCUCUGUUUCCUCCAACUUGUCUUAGACUCUCGUCUACUACUAACAUAAUAACCAAAAUUAUCUUCACUCUAUUCGUCAACAUCAAAUCUCUGUUUUUUUGGUAACCAUGAAGUUUGUUAACAAUGACGUUGUCCGAAGGUAUCCAUCUUUUGUGAAAAUCGUUGAAGUUUCCCCACGAGAUGGACUGCAAAAUGAGAAGCAACCCAUUCCAACUCAUGUUAAAGUGGAAUUCAUAAAUAAACUCAGUGAAACUGGAGUUAAAGUGGUCGAAGCUACUUCCUUUGUCUCGCCUAAAUGGGUUCCUCAGAUGGCUGAUCAUAUGCAAGUUUAUUCCGACAUCCGUAAAUGUGAAGGUGUUAGUUAUCCAGUUCUGGUGCCAAACAUGCAUGGACUUGAAAAUGCAUUGAAAGUUGGUGUUAAAGAAAUCGCAGUUUUUGGCGCUGCGUCAGAUGUUUUCAGCAAAAAAAAUACAAACUGCUCUUUGGUUCAAAAUUUAACGAGGAUGGAACAGGUUGCUAAAUACGCUCUGAAAAAAGGUCUAAAAGUACGAGGAUACAUUUCUUGCUGUUUAAGUUGUCCUUAUGAAGGACUUAUUCCACCGGAACGAGUUGCUGAAAUGGCAUAUCGCUUGUAUUCAGUUGGUUGUCAUGAGAUAUCAUUAGGAGAUACAAUCGGUGUUGGAAAUCCUGCUUCUAUGAGAGCACUAAUUGAAGCAGUUUCAGCACUGGUUCCUAUCGAGGUGAUUGCUGUUCAUUGUCAUGACACCUAUGGUCAAGCUUUAGCUAACAUCCUCUCAGCAAUUGAAUGUGGAGUGACGAUUGUAGAUGCAUCAGUUGCUGGCUUGGGAGGUUGUCCAUUUGCUAAAGGUGCCACUGGUAAUGUUGCCACUGAGGAUGUUGUUUACAUGCUUACAGGAAUGGGCAUUGAAACAGGAGUUGACAUGGAGGGAUUACUUCGAGCCUCGGAAUACAUUUGCUCGGCAUUGGGUCGAGAAACCUCGUCAAAAGUAGGAAAAGCACUUUUAGCCAAAAGAAAGGAAACUCAAGACUAUGAUUGAAAGUUGUACGAACAUUACAAUAGAUUGAGACAAAAAGACUUCGGACCUUUCGUCCGUCUGAUCAAGCAAUGAUUACAUAUCUUUGAUGUGUUCACAUCAUGUCGUUAUUUUUUGUUAGAAACGCCACUUGUUUAUCGUCCUCUUCAAGAGAUAUUUUUUCUGCUUUGCCUCUUUUAUGGUUAUGAUUGUAUCCAAAUUGAAAGCAAAUUAAUCUCUGUUCUUGCUUUUGGAUGUCACUUUUUCAUCUCUUCCCAUGUCAUCAAACAUAUCUAUUUUGGCAAGCAAAUGUAAUUAAGACCAAUUUUUUUAUCAAACAAGGUGUUCUUUCCUCACCUAACGAUACUCAAUUUUUACACAUAAAAAUCUCAUCUUCAUCAUUUUUCCCGACUAAAUGUUGAUUCCUAAUUGCACUUGCAACUGUUAAAAUAAAUUGUUUUUUAAUACAAUCA